UCGAGUGCUCCUCUCUUUAUUUGCAUAUGCACCAGAUUUAAUCUGAAUCAGAUGGCUUAUAAGCUUACUGAGAAUCUGCAAAACCUUAAGCCCUCUUUCUCAGGACUCGACUCUUCAAAUUUGCUGCUGAUAGACCACAAAGCAUUAGAGAAUUUUAGGUCAACCGAUGAUCAAGAUCAAUUUGUAGAUUUCUCCUAUGGCAGAAGCUUCACGAAUCAUCAACAGCAAUCGUAUCUCCCUAUGAACUUGGCUAAUAAUAUCCAAAGCUCGCUGCACGUAUCUCCUGCUGCUGCAGUUUCUGGAACUGGGCAGAGUGAAAACAUUAAGAGCUUUGGAGGAAGAAAACGAAAGAGAAAGGAUGAGAAAGAUUUGCAGAAGCCAACAGAAGUAGUUCAUGUGAGAGCAAAAAGAGGCCAAGCUACAGAUAGUCACAGUUUGGCAGAAAGGGUAAGAAGAGAGAAGAUCAAUGAGAAGCUCAAAAACUUACAGAACCUGGUUCCAGGAUGUUAUAAGACGAUGGGAAUGGCUGUAAUGUUGGACGUCAUUAUUAAUUAUGUUCAGUCACUCCAAAAUCAAAUUGAAUUUCUCUCUAUGAAGCUUUCAGCAGCUAGUAUGUACUAUGAUUUCAAUUUGGAGAAUGACAAUAUUAUUGAAACUACUCAGGGGACAAAUGCAUAUGAAGUACAACAGAUGGAGAGGAUAGGAAGAGAAGGAUAUGGGGAAGCUUCUAAUUAUUUUCAUUCAGCAUGGUUCCUUUGACUAAAAUCACAAUUAGUUCUAUACCUAAAUAAUAUAUGUUUUUAAAAGGAGACAUGCAUUGCAUUUAAGGGCGGAGGGAAGUUACGGCAAGGGGCACGUACCGUACCGGCGAUCGAAAAAUGCUUUGAAGGGGAUGAAGGUGUCGCAGCGGCGCAGCCGGUACCCUAUUAAAGGGAAGCUCCUGGCUCCGCCACUAAUUGUAUUGUCUGCGUAUAGCAAAUGAAAAAACAUAAAAUAUAGUC